GUAUAGCAUCAUUCAGGAGGUGCACACGCCUUCGUUUACUCCCAUCCUAAAUUAGUUAUAGAAUAGUUAUAAUGAGACAUAUUGACAGAGAAGAUCCUUGUAUGCUUCAGGAUGUUGAUGGUACUAACAGUGCAGUCACAACUCCUGGCGAUAUCAUGGUGAUGUUAGAAACACCGACCACACCGUUGCCUCUGCAUUCACCCCAUACGAUCACGACGACGGACAGCAUGCCACCCAGUACACCUCCGCCUUCCUACGAUGAAGUUCUUUCUCUUAAUGUCCCUCCUCCAUCCUACGAGUCUGUAUUUGGCAAAGUACGCGAAGUUCACAGAACGUCCAGUGGAAUAGUCGAUUUUGUCAAAAACCUGAUUAUAUUAUUAUUAGGAACAAUUGGAUGUACUGUGAUGCUCGGGGUAACGAUAAUCAUCCCUAUUGUCAUGAUUGUCAUUGGUUCCCUCAAGAUGAAUGAUUGUCCAGCUGAGGAGUUUAUUCCAAUAUAUCUUGUCGUUGGGGGUACGUUUGGAGUUAUAAAAAGCCUUUUGAGUUUGGAAGUUAGACGUCGAGCAAGAGAAGAAGAAGUAGAUGCAUCUAAUGCAUCAGUUCCAUGGCAUAGGAGAUUACAGUUUGGAGGUUCUAUCAGUGUAUUCUUAUUUAUUUGGUUUAUAUUUGGUUGUGUUUGGGUGUACAGAAUUUACGAGCCAAGUUAUGAUAACAGCAGUACCCAUUACUGUGAUUACACACUAUACCAGUUUACCUUUUGGCUACUAACCUCCGUCUAUAUUUGUAUGGGACUCUUAAUGUCUUGUAUGUGUUGUCUGUCUGUAGCCACAGUUGUUAUGCAACACAGUCAGAUAAGCAGUGCUCGUGUUUGAGCAUAUUUUUUAAUUAGAUAGUAUUCAGCAGUUAGUUAUAUUUUCCAUUUAGUGUAAAUUUUUAAAACAAAGAGCUAGGUUUUUUUAUAGAGAGGUGCACUUUUUUGAGGAUUAUGUCACAUCUCUGAGAACUAUUACACAAAUUACCCUACCCAUUCAUCCGAUUCUUUCAGUCUAGAUUGUACAAGGUUUUCUUGUGGAGACAGUUGGUGCUUGGUUAUUCUAGUCACUUGGAAAUUAGUACUUGCUAGUCAGUAUUUCAUUUCAAGAAAAAGAUUACCAAAAAUAAAUCUUAUGAAGUGUCGUAACCGGUACAGUUAAAAAGCUUUAAAGCUAGUGUUAUUUUAAGUGGUGCUCAAAAUGAUGCAUGACUGUAUGGUUUCCAAACCUAUAAGUACUUUGUAUGUAUUUCUUUGAAUGCUUUGAUAUGUAGCAUUCCAUUUUGAGAGAAAGUAAGGUCACAUUUAUUGACAGCUCUUUUAUUUUUUUAUUCUUUGUUUGUCAUUUUUGCUGUUCCUCCCUCUUCUUCAGAUGACUUGACAUUUCUUGGGAGAUUAGUACAAUUAUGUUUUUCCUCAACUUUCUAACCCUGUACCAGAAAUUAAUAUAAUUUUUCCAAAAAGAAUUUGCAUAGAUGCAACACCUCCGAUGUAAAAGUUACAUUUGUAGAGGAGCAUCCUGAGGGAAAUUUGUAUGUAAUGUACAAUAAUCAUUACCUAUUGCAUUUGAUGGUUAAGAGUAACUAUCAGGUGCUCAUCUCUUGAGAAUUUUCUUUCCCUAGUAUCUUUAGAAGUAAGGUUUUAUGUUGCUAUGUUUUAUUUGCCAUUUAAUAUUUAUCAGUAAUUUUUUUAUUAUAUUGUCCGAGUAAGAUUUGGCAAGAGGAAAUGAAUACUCAAAAAGAAAUACAAUUAAUGGACAUUAACUUACUACUAGUCAAGGGACACUUUUGUAUAACUUCAUUUUAUUAUUUAUUUGCCCUAGGUAUAACAAUGGUGAAAUAACUGUAUUUAUUACUUUUUAUUUUCUAGGCCCUGUAACUUGUUAAAAGAAGGUAAUGUAAGAUUAUGUAACUGUUCAGUGAAACUAGCAGUACCUUGCUAUGUAUAAUGAUCACUACAGAACCCUUAACAAAAUAUAGAAGCUUCAUUCUGUAGUAUGCAGCAGUAUAUUACUUCAUCUUUGAAUUUGAGACUUUUCUUCAAAUGACAAAUGAGGCUUGUUUGCCCCAUUAUCUUUUUUUUUAUAUAUAUAUAUUCAGUAGUCUUACAUUCAUCAGCACUGCAGUAUGCAACACAAACCACACAGGAUUUGUUUUAGUUUUACAUUAUUGCUGUGAGCAGGCUCCAGUUUCUUGAGUGACAAAACAUACAUUCCUUUCUUGUGGAGUACAGGUGUAUUUUUUCAGUCAUUCUGUGGACAGUGAUUUUGAAAUUAUGUUUAAUAGUCAUAAGUACAGACCCAACAAACUGAAAACAUUUUAUGGCAUUGUUAAUAUGGAAAAAUUGAGGAGGAGAUUGACAACAAAAAUGGUGUUCGUAAGGUGGGUCUUCAACAAUUUUGUUGUUUGUCUAUAAUUGUACUAAACUAUUCAGAAAGAUAUGAUUUUGUGCAGUUUAUCACACAGUUAUUUUUGCUUAUUGGUCUGUUAAAGUAUUUACGAAAUAAUAAUAUAGUGGCAAUAAACUGUCUAGGAUAGUAAAUAGAGAUCUCAGUGAUGUAGAUGGUCUGUAAUGAAAAGGUAGUAAAUUGGCUGUAUUUUAAGCUGAGAUCUGAAAGAUUGAGACAGUUUGGGAAUGUGCCAUGAAAAGGAGAAGGGCAGUUAGUCCAAAACAUAUUAGAUAUUCAAGUGGCAAGACAAAGACUAGUAUGAAGGCUCAGGUAAUCAGGGAGGGGGCUUUGAAUGGAGACCUGAAAUUAUAUUCAGCUCCUUAAAGGGAAAAUCUCACAAAAAAAAAUUUAAUUAUGGAGAUGACAGAUAAUAAAUAAUAAGAAAAAUCAUAAGGUCCCUUGUGGAUCAGUAAGUGCAGACUCUACCAAAUAUGACAAUGGUCUUACUGAAUAUCUAUAUAUAAAUAGGAAGGAACAAACACCCAAAGUUUUUCCAUUUAAGAAGUCUUGCUAGAGGUAACAAUGCAAUUUAGUUUGGAAAUAAAGGAAGCUAUGCAGUCACCAGCAACAAGAACAUUAUGACUAUAUAGAAAUGGUUAGUCCCUCUGGAUGUCCACCAACUACUCUGACUUGUCAACAUAGUGUCCGUCCAUCAGAGCAGCUACCUGUGCCAAAUUCAUUGAGUCUCCUUACAGCACUUAUAGAGUGUUUUAUGCUGUUUUCACCAUUCAUUAUUGAGACAUGUUGGAAAGGAAAAUUGUCAUUCUUUGAUCACCCACUAUACUAGUCCCUUCCCCAACCAAAUUUCUUUUGACCCAAUUCUUCUAGAGGAAUAGGCCCUUAUUAUUUAUUCAUGACUUUCUCUCUCUCUCUCUCUCUCUCUCUCUCUCUCUCUCUCUCUCUCUCUCUCUCUCUCUCUCUCUCUCUCUCUCUCUCUCUCUCUCUCAUUAGUAUAUUCACAUCUUAGAUUCGUUUUGCAACCUUUAUCACGUAUUGAGAAGGCUAAAUGUAGUCAUUUUCACUUUUAUUUUAAUGGUUUGCUUUUUUAUGUUUUUUUUAUUGUGUUUUGGAUGUCGUGUGGGUUUUGAGGUGUAUCCAUUGUGUUUAUUGAUGUUAGGAUAAAGUCUCCAAUUUCAAAGAUCUGAUGUGCAAAAAAGAUCAGUAGGACAUAUAGCAAGGUACUGCUUAAGUUAUCUACUAAGAAUCUCCUAUUGUGAUGAUAUUGAAUCACCUGAGAGCAUCUUGAACUUAAGGCCUUAGGUUAUUUAUUUUUAUAGUUCUAGAGUUUGUUUAUAUGUACAAUGAUUUAAUAUCUUACUUUAUUUAAGUGUGUUGUUUGCUGUGUGACCAGUAUGCUCAAGAGAAGUACUAUAAGAGGUUUAUACUUAUGACAAAGACUUUCUCAUGUUCAUACUUUGUAUCCAUUGUGGGAAGUCAUGAGAGUGUAGUCGUGUUCUCUCUGCCAAAGGAAUAGAGUAGCAGACAUAAUUGUACACUAGAUGUGAUUUCCAGAAUUGAAACUGAU